GUCUUUAAGUCUUCGUUAAAUGAGGAUAGAUUCAGUCGCGUUUUUCAUUGAAAACGUGGUGUGAUAUUUUAAGUGUACUUAGUUUUUGCCGUUAAUUUUAGUAUUUCUUUAUUGUUUAUUUAAAACAGGAUAAAUCGCUUACAAUGAAAGCUGUUGAGCGUAGAAAUCAGAUGACGACUCAGGUCCUACCAUUCCAGCUUCAAGCUGCAGAAGCUUCGACCCAUUUGGAUCAUAUGUGCGCUCUGGAUAUAGAUUCUCGCGCAUCCUAUGUCAGACUCAGCGGAAUUAUUUGUACCAUAGGGCCCGCUUCUAGAGACCCGGCCACUUUGGAGAAAAUGAUAGAGGUCGGUAUGAACAUAGCUCGUUUGAACUUCUCUCACGGUUCUCACGAAUAUCACGCCGAAACUAUCAAGAACAUUCGCGAAGCCGCCGCCAAUUACAGCAAGAAAAUCGGCCAGACUUAUCCAUUGGCUAUUGCUCUGGAUACCAAAGGACCAGAAAUAAGAACUGGCCUGUUAGAAGGGGGUGGUUCUGCCGAGAUUGAAUUGAAGAAAGGCGAAACUAUUAAACUUACCACAGACAAAGCCUAUGCCGAAAAAGGAAACAAGGACACAGUCUACGUUGAUUACGACAACAUCCAAAAAGUUGUCAAAGUCGGCAACAGAAUUUACGUAGAUGAUGGUCUAAUCUCUUUGGUGGUCGAACAAAUUCAAGGGUCAUUCUUGACGUGUACCAUCGAAAACGGUGGUUUGCUCGGCAGUCGUAAAGGUGUCAAUUUGCCCGGAGUCCCCGUUGAUUUACCUGCUGUUUCCGAAAAGGAUAAGUCGGAUUUGCAAUUUGGCGUCGAUCAAGAUGUAGACAUUAUUUUUGCCUCUUUUAUCCGGAAUGGUGCUGCCCUAACGGAAAUUCGAAACAUUUUGGGCGAUAAAGGCAAGAAAAUCCUAGUCAUUUCCAAGAUUGAAAAUCAACAAGGUAUGCAAAAUCUCGAUGAGAUUAUCGACGCUUCAGAUGGUAUUAUGGUAGCUCGUGGUGACUUGGGUAUCGAAAUUCCUACUGAAAAGGUAUUUUUGGCGCAGAAGUGUAUGAUCGCCAGAUGCAACAGGAAAGGAAAACCAGUCAUUUGCGCCACUCAAAUGUUGGAAUCUAUGGUUAAAAAACCAAGGCCUACCCGUGCCGAAUCGUCCGAUGUUGCCAACGCUAUCUUAGACGGUGCCGAUUGCGUCAUGUUGUCAGGUGAAACAGCUAAAGGGGAUUACCCACUGGAAUGCGUUUUGACCAUGGCCAACAUCUGUAAAGAGGCCGAGGCUGCAAUUUGGCAAAAGAGGCUCUUUAUCGACCUAACUACUCAGAUGUCACCUCCUGUUGAUGUGGCACAUACUGUCUCCAUCGCUACUGUAGAAGCCUCGACCAAGAGUUUGGCUGCGGCUAUCGUCGUUAUAACCACCUCAGGUAGAUCAGCUCAUCUCAUUUCCAAAUACAGACCCAGGUGCCCAAUUAUAGCGGUGACAAGGAGUGCACAGACAGCCAGACAGUCUCACUUAUACAGAGCCGUCUUACCUCUUGUCUUUGAACAGCCAAGAAUCGACGAUUGGUUGAAGGACGUGGACGCCAGGGUGAGCUGCGGAAUAUCCUUCGAUGUGUUAUAA